AAAUUCUGAUCAAAUAGGAGAGAGAGAAUUAAGAUGAAGGUUGAGGUUGAAGUGAUCUCCAAGAAGAUUAUCAAGCCAUCAUCUCCAACCCCUGACCAUCUUCGCUAUUUGCAGCUCUCUUUUCUUGAUCAAUUAGCUCCCCCAGUCUAUAACCCUUUUGUCCUCUUCUAUGAAUUCAAUGGCGAGACACAGCCCAAAAUCACUGAAAUAUCCAGCCAUCUCAAAAAGUCCUUGGCCGACGUCUUAACCCUUUUCUACCCGCUAGCCGGUCGAGUCUUCAAACAAAACCAUUUUGUUGAUUGCAAUGAUGAGGGCGUUCCCUAUGUUGAAGCACAAGUCAAGUGCUCACUUUCUGAUUUUCUCAACAAUCCAAUUCCUGAUGAACUCAAGAAGUUCAUCCCAUUGGAGCUAGACGAUAUUGCCAAUGAACUUGCUCUAGGGGUUCAGCUCAACAUAUUUGAAUGCGGAGGAUUUGCUAUUGGUCAAUGUAUUUCUCACAAGAUUGCAGAUGGAUUGUCUCAUUUCAUGUUCAGUAAAACUUGGGCUGCCACAGCCCUGGGAGAUCAACCCCGAAUAGAACUUCCAGAGUUUGUUUCAGCAGCACUCUUCCCUCCAAAGGAGUUCAAUAUUGGAUAUGAUGCAGGCAUUGGCAUCACAAAGAACAGAGUAACAAAGAGGUUUGUGUUUGACGCCUCUAAGAUAGAGAGUCUCAAAACCAAAUAUAAAGGGAAGGACAGUUCAGGUUUUAACUCUCGAGUUUUGAGUUUGGAAAACAAAAAAGGACCCUCACGCGUUGAGGCCUUAUCUGCUUUCAUAUGGAGUCGAUUUGUGGCCACCACAAAGGAUGAUGCAGGACAUGAUGAGAAGCACUACAUAGUGCUUCAUUCUGUGAACCUGCGACCGAGGUUUGAUCCACCACUGCCACAACAUUGUUUCGGAAAUUUUUACCGUGGUGCCAUGACAGCUCCAUUCUUAUUAAGUAGUGGGGAAGAAUGCAAUUAUGGCGCAGUGAUCAUGAAGGUGCGAGAUGAAAUAAACAAGAUCAACAAUGACUAUAUCAAAAGACUACAACAGGGCAAUGAGCACUUGAGUGUUCUCCAAGAAAGUAGUGAUAAUGUUAUCAGAGGAGAGGUGGAUACAUUUAGCUUCAGUAGUUUUUGCAGAUUUCCUGUGUAUGAUAAUGAUUUUGGUUGGGGGAGGCCUGUGUGGGUGAGCUCGCCGCCAUUGACAUUCAAGAACCUGGUGGUUUUCAUGGACACCAAAGAGGCUGAUGGAAUUGAGGCAUACAUUAGUUUGGAGGAGGAAGUGAUGGCUAAAUUUGAAUGUGAUACCGAGUUCUUGGCUUGUGUUUCUCUAAGUGGUUGCUGAACUGUAAGGAAAAUGCGUCUGUUAUGGGUGAACUAUGAUUCUUGUAUGA